GUUAACGGCAUGAAUGAGGCUCACAAAGUUUCUUCAAAUUCAAAUAUCGCCCACUCCCAACGGUGGAAUCCACCACUGUCUACAAAACCUCUGCAGCGUCAAUGGACUCGACUGUGGCACUUUCGGCCGUCUCAUCCAACACUGCAGCGACCACCGCCUCCUGCGUCAGGCCAAGCAGCUUCACGCCCGCAUCGUUCUGUCGUCUCUUACGCCUGACAACUUCCUUGCUUCAAAGCUCAUCACUUUUUACUCGAAGUCCAAUCAUCUUUAUGAAGCGCACAAGGUGUUCGAUAAAAUUCUUGAGAAGAACAUCUUUUCUUGGAACGCUAUGCUCAUUGGGUACUCCAUUCAUAACAUGCAUGUGCACACGCUUAAUCUGUUCUCGUCUCUCCUGCCGUCUUAUUCCCUCACUCUGAAACCUGAUAAUUUCACGAUUACUUGUGUUUUAAAGGCGCUAUCGGUUUUAUUUCCUGACUCAAUCUUGGCUAAGGAGGUUCAGUGCUUUGUUUUACGGCAUGGGUUUGAUUCGGAUAUCUUUGUUGUCAAUGCUCUGAUUACCUACUACUCGAGAUGUGAUGAACAUGGUUUUGCUAGAAUUUUGUUUGAUAGGAUGCAUGACAGAGAUAUUGUAUCAUGGAAUUCGAUGAUUGCAGGGUAUUCACAGGGUGGGUUUUAUGAAGAUUGCAAGGAGUUGUAUAGAAAAAUGCUAGAUUCAACAGGGUUGAGACCAAAUGGCGUAACAGUGGUCAGUGUUUUGCAGGCCUGUGCACAGUCAAAUGAUCUAGUUUUUGGGAUGAAAGUUCACCAGUUUAUAAUUGAAAGAAAGGUUGAGAUGGAUGUUUCAGCCCAUAAUUCGCUUAUUGGGUUAUAUGCGAAAUGUGGGAGCUUGGAUUAUGCUCGAGAAUUAUUUAAUGAGAUGAGUAACAAGGAUGAAGUCACUUACGGGUCAAUUGUAUCUGGGUACAUGACUCAUGGGUUUGUUGACAAAGCCAUGGAUCUUUUUCGGGAAAUGAAAAACCCAAGAUUGAGUACAUGGAAUGCUGUGAUCUCAGGACUGGUUCAGAACAACUGCAAUGAGGGCAUUUUGGAAUUAGUUCAAGAGAUGCAGGAAUUUGGGUUUAGGCCAAAUGCUGUGACGCUUUCUAGUAUUCUUCCUACAUUUUCUUGUUUUUCAAAUCUUAAAGGAGGGAAAGCAAUUCAUGCGUAUGCUAUUAGAAAUGGUUACGCUCAUAAUAUUUAUGUGGCAACUUCCAUUAUUGAUGCUUAUGCAAAAUUAGGAUUUCUUCGUGGGGCACAAUGGGUUUUCGAUCAAUCAAAGGAUAGGAGCUUGAUAGUUUGGACAGCAAUAAUCUCAGCAUAUUCAGCCCAUGGAGAUGCUAAUGCAGCCCUUAGGUUGUUUGGUGAUAUGCUGAGUAAUGGAACUCAGCCUGACCCUGUCACUUUCACUGCAGUGUUAGCAGCUUGUGCCCAUUCUGGGAUGGUCAAUGAAGCUUGGAAGAUAUUUGAUGAGAUGUUUCUAAAAUAUGGCUUUCAGCCCUGUGUUGAACAUUAUGCUUGCAUGGUAGGAGUUCUAAGCCGAGCUGGAAUGCUCUCUGAAGCAGCAGAAUUCAUUUGUAAAAUGCCAAUUGAACCAAAUGCCAAAGUUUGGGGUGCACUGCUGAAUGGGGUUUCAGUUUCUGGUGAUGUUGAACUUGGGAAGUUUGUUUGUGAUCAUUUGUUCAAUAUGGAACCUGAAAACACAGGUAAUUAUGUCAUUAUGGCAAAUUUAUACUCACAAGCUGGGAGAUGGGAAGAAGCUGAAAAUAUUAGGGAGAAGAUGAAGAAAAUUGGUUUGAAGAAGAUCCCAGGAACAAGUUGGAUUGAAACAAGUGGAGGGUUACGAAGCUUUAUAGCUAGGGAUGUAUCAAGUGAAAGAUCUGAAGAGAUAUAUGGGAUGCUGGAAGGGUUGCUUGGGUUGAUGAGAGAAGAAGGGUACACUUUGCAGGAUGAGCUUGAUGAGGAGUGUGCUUAUAUUUGAGCAUGGAAUCAUCAAAUAUCAAUGAUUUGUUGCCGAUUCAGAAUAUACAUGAUGUGCAAAGGCCAUCAUGAUUCAUGGUGAAUGUUCCCACCUUCAAGAGAUACCCUUUUGGUUAAAAUUCCUCCCAUAUAUUCAGAAUAUCAAAGGGAUGAAGGUCAGAAUUUAUGCGGGAGUUGGAGCUCUGAAAAUGGCCAUUUUUCUGACAGUUGAGCAUAGGCAUCUAGCCUGGGAGCUCAGUAUCAGAAGAUCUAUUUUCUUUUCUCAGGCUGUUGAUGAAAUAGUUAUCCCUAAUUUAAUUGUUGAUUUGAACCUUGAGAAGGUAUACACAGACCACAGUUAAUUGAUUAUAUCAUCAAGUGAUGAUCAAAUUCAUGAAUGGUCACUUUAAAACAAUCUCAACUGUUAGUUUGGCAGAACUUAUUGAAGAGCAACUGCUUCACAACCUAGAGAACCAUACCUUGCAUUAUUUAGAAAGCAAAAGGGACAUCUAUCUAUCCACUAUCUGGCUGAUGGAUAUCUGUUUGAUACUAUGUGCAGCCAGAGGUGAUCAACUUUGCAAUAUGUCAAUGUGGAAGCUGUUGGAUUUUCCACAUGCAGAGAUCACUCUGGAGUCGCAAAUAUUGGUUGGGGUGCCAAAUUGCUUCUCUUAUGGUGCUUAAAUCGUCCACGGUAAAGUGAUCUUGCCCAGACUCCAAAGAAAGAUGGCCCGAGAUAAAAGGGGGUUUGUAAAAGGGAAGGGCGACCAAAGGGCCUUGAUGGGCGCAGAGAGGCGCAACGAGGGUCAAGAUGCACCUGCUUUGCAUUAUUGAUUCUGACUGUAGGGACAAGAGAAACAACCCAUGCAUGGGCCGAAUGCCUUUUUUUUCUUUUUCUUUUUUCCUCUCCCUCUUCUGUUUGUUGCUUUGCCUUUGGGAGUUAAAGCCAUGGAAAGCACUCAGAUAAUGAAAAGAAAGGACUGUCAAACGUGCCGGAUCUGGACACUUGCUUGUGGACAAAAUCCUUCAUUUCAUAGCCACCCAAAUCUGCUGCGGCUGAAAUUAUGUAGGCGAACGUGAUUCUUUUUUUCACGCCCCUGACUUCUCAAUCAAUUCCAAAUGGGUCCCCGAUUGUGAA